CGCAACUUCAUAUUGUAUUAAAAACAAGCAUCAAGAUGGAUUUUGGUCAUCACAACAUCCAACGUAUCUCAAAGGCGUUUACUUUGAAUCCCAACAACAAUAUAGAUGAUCCUUGUAUUUCAUUGUGGAACAAAACAACCCUUACAUUGCUUAAAUCUAAAAAGGCGGAAUAUUACAAUGUAAUUUGCUCUGUUAUUGAUAGAAUGGGUGAUGCAUCGGCAAAGGCCCAAGUUCUUCCUACAGCAAUAACAACAUCAUCAAAAAUUCAAUUUAAUGAUAAUAAUCUCUAUCUUUAUAGUGUAGAUAAUAAGGCAUUUGGAAUUUUAAAAGUAGGAAGAAAAAAGCUAUUCUAUAGAAGUAUGACUGGAGAUUUCAAGGAAAUUGAACCACUUUGUGUUUUGGAUUUUUACGUUAGUGAAGCAGUGCAAAGGAAAGGUAUUGGUAAAAUACUCUUUGAAGCAAUGCUAGCUUUUGAGAAAACAUCUCCUGAAAGAUUUGCCUACGACAGACCAUCUCCAAAGCUUAUUGGUUUCCUUAGAAGACACUACGGACUCUCUGACUAUAUUCCUCAAAGCAAUAAUUUUGUUGUAUUUAAGCAGUAUUUUGUUAGUGGGGCUCCCUUAUUGGUUCCAAAUCCUACUAUUUCAUCCUCUAAUGAGGUUCCAUCUCAAAGACCUCCACUAAAGAGAAAUGAUAGUGACCUAACUGCAAUCACUCCAAUUAUGAUGAGUACUAUUGAUAGUAGAACACUAAAUCAACCAGAACCAUCACCACCAAGUUACACUCAGAAUGAUUAUUCCCCUCAAACUGGAUAUAGUCCACAAAAUAAUUAUUCCAGUCCUCAAAAUUAUUCGAGCCCACAAAACAACUAUAGUCAACAUCCACCUCAAACAAACUAUAGCCAAUACCCAAUCCAAAGCGCUAAUAAGAGUCCACAAAAUAAUCAAGCAGUGCAAUAUAGAACUACGAAUAAUCAAUCACCUGUUCAGUACAGAAGUCCUUCAUCUCAAAAUGUGUAUGCAUCUCCACAAUAUACCUCUCCUCCUCCUCAAAUGUACAGGAGUCCUUCAUCAUAUAACAAUCAACCACAGCCAUUCAGAAGUCCAUCAUCUCAGAGCUUCUACUCUUCAAAUCCUCAAAACUUUUACACAACAACUGCUCAAUCUUUUUAUUCACAGAAUGGUCUUUCAACACCUAGUCCUAAUAAGAGAUUUGUUCAGUAUAAUCCAAUCACUCAUGAAUGUGCUGAAAUUGAACGUAAUGGUGAUCCACGCAAAACUGGAAAGAAGAUGUCCUCUUCAAAGCUUUCAGGAUAUUAAUAAGUAAGACAAACAAUUGUAAAUACGACCAAAAAAAAUGAUUCCACACCUCUCGGAUAACACUUCCGAAAUAAAUAAUUUAAUAGAUCGAGG